AUGGAUAUUCGAAGCUUGACUUUGUCAACGAACACUACUUUCUCUCCCUUUGAGCACUCUCGGUCUUUAUCUCCUCUCACUCGCUUACUCGUUUCGUCUCGGUCGGCUAAACUAGGUCCCAAGGUCUCAGCGUCCAUCUCCACACCGAACAGUGAAACUUCUUCCUCAGAAAAGGAUCCCAUCAUCUCUGUGAAACCUGUUUACGUCCCGACACCACCCAAUCGCGAGCUCCGGACUCCUCACAGUGGAUACCACUUUGAUGGAACAUCACGGAAGUUCUUUGAGGGAUGGUACUUUAGGGUUUCGAUCCCAGAGAAGAAGGAGAGUUUUUGCUUUAUGUAUACUGUGGAGAAUCCGUCAUUUAGGAAGCCAUUGUCACCGUUGGAUGUUGGUCUGUAUGGACCAAGGUUCACUGGUGUUGGAGCUCAGAUUCUCGGAGCUAAUGAUAAGUAUAUAUGCCAAUACUCACAAGAGUCUCACAACUUCUGGGGAGAUAGACAUGAGCUAGUUUUGGGAAAUACUUUCAGUGCUGUGGCAGGAGAAAGGUCUCCGAACAAGGAGGUUCCCCCAGAGGAAUUUAACAGAAGAGUAUCAGAAGGGUUCCAAGUUACCCCACUUUGGCAUCAAGGUCACAUUUGCGAUGAUGACAGUACUGAUUUCGCGGAAACUGUGAGAUAUGCUCGGUGGGAGUACAGUACACGCCCUGUUUAUGGUUGGGGUGAUGUUGGGGCCAAACAGAAGUCUACUGCAGGAUGGCCUGCAGCUUUUCCUGUAUUUGAGCCUCAUUGGCAGAUAUGCAUGGCAGGAGGUCUUUCAACAGGGUGGAUUGAAUGGGGUGGUGAAAGGCUUGAGUUUCAGGAUGCACCUUCUUAUUCAGAAAAGAAUUGGGGUGGAGGCUUCCCUAGAAAAUGGUUUUGGGUCCAGUGUAACGUCUUUGAAGGGGAAAAAGGAGACAUUACUUUGACUGCAGGUGGAGGGUUGAGGCAGUUGCCAGGAUUGACUGAGACCUUUGAAAAUGCUGCACUGGUUUGUGUACACUAUGAUGGUAAAUUCUACGAGUUUGUUCCCUGGAAUGGUAUUGUCAGAUGGGACAUGUCUCCAUGGGGUUAUUGGUAUAUGACUGCAGAGAAUGAAACUCAUAUGGUGGAACUAGAGGCAAGAACAAACGAGACAGGUACACCUCUGCGUGCACCAACCUCAGAAGCUGGGUUAACUACGGCUUGUAGAGAUAGUUGUUACGGUGAACUGAGGCUGCAGAUAUGGGAACGUCUAUAUGAUGGAAGUAAAGGCAAGGUGGUAAUGGAGGGAAAGAGCUCGAUGGCAGCAGUGGAGAUAGGAGGAGGACCGUGGUUUGGGACAUGGAAAGGAGAUACAAGCAACACACCCAAGCUACUCAAACGGUGUCUUCAGGUCCCAUUGGAUCUUGAAUCCGUCUUUGGUUUCGUCCCUUUCUUUAAGCCACCGGGUCUGUAA